CACGUGCUGGCGCCGAGAUGGCGGCACGCGAGGCUGGCGGCGGCGGCGACCAGCAGAUGCAGGCCGAGCUGCUGGUGCUGAAGCAGCGGCAGCAGCUGCAGCAGCAGCUGCUCCUGGCCGAGUUCCACAAGCAGCAGGAGGAGCUGGCGCGGCAGCACCAGGCGCAGAUUCAGCAGCACCUGCAGCAGCGGCAGGAGCUGCUGGAGCAGCAGCAGCGGCUGGAGCAGCAGCAGCGCGAGCAGGAGCUGGAGCGCCGUCGCUUGGAGCAGAAGCUCACGCAGAUCAAGAACAAGCAGAAGGGUCAGGAGAGUGCCAUGGCGAGUGUGGAGGUGAAGCAGAAGCUGCAGGAGUUUGUUCUCAACAAGAAGAAGCGGGAGGCUGGCAACCUGAACCACUCCGUCCCGCACCACCCGCGCCUCUGGCACAUGACGGGCCAUCACGGCUCACUGGACCAGAGUCUCCCUCCGCGCACUAGCCCGUCGGCACCGUACCAGCACCCCGGCCUCGGCACGUACGAGUCUCAGAGCGACUUCCCGCUGCGUAAGACCGCAUCGGAGCCCAACCUGAAGCUGCGGCACCGUCUGAGCAAGAAGGGGGCCGACCGCUUGCGGGGGAGUCCCCUACUCCGCCGGAAAGACGGGGGGCUCCCCGCCGGGAAGAAGCGACCGCACGAGGCCACCGAGGCCUCCAUGAAGGACGCGGCGGUCAGCUCGGGACCGGACUCACCGAGCAACGGUGUGGAGAACGGCCUAGGCCCCCACGCGCCCUCCGAGGCGGUUGCUCCUGGUCACCGCCCUCUGAGCCGCGAGGGCUCGGGCCCUGCUCAGGAGAGUCUCUACAUGUCUCCGUCUCUGCCCAACAUCUCCCUGGGCCUCCCCGCCAACGGCUCCGGCACUCAGGGAGACCCCGAGGGCCAGCAGCAUCUGCCCCACCACCCCUCCCAGAGCCACCACGGCCGCGUGCAGCAGCCGCUGGGCCACAGCCUCUCGCUGCCACUGCCCUACACGGCGUCGGCCAGCGGCGACGCGGACAGGGGCGGCGCGGGGCGGCCCUCCCUGCUGCAGCAGCACCUGCUCGUGCUGGACCAGCACCGCAUGCUCAACGCAGGUGUGGGGGGUUUGCCGCUGCCCCCCCGGGGCCCGCUGCUGGGGCCCGAGAGGAACCCCUCACGGCACCGGCCUCUGAGCCGCACGCAGUCGGCGCCGCUGCCCAUGCAGCCGCGCUCGCACGCCCACUUCCUGGACCGGGGCAAGCCGCUGGGCACGAUGACGGAGGAGGAGCUGGCGUGUGCGGGCGGUGGCGGCGACUCCGAGAGGGGCGUGCGGAUCAAGCAGGAGCUGCCCGACGGAGACGGGGAUGCAGAGGGGGGGGCGGAGGGCGGCGGCGACCCAGCGAUCAGGCACAGCCAGGGUCACCUGCUGGAGCAGCAGAGAAUUCAGCAGCUGCACCUGUACCAGGCGCAGCUGGCGGCAUCGGGGGUAGCGGCAGGGCUGACGGCGCACCGCCCGCUCAUCCGCACGCGCUCCUCGCCCGCGUACACCAGUCUAGCGCCGGCGCCCGAGCCCCCGCGCCCGCUCCGCUUCACCACAGGCCUGGCGUAUGACACGCAGAUGCAGAAGCACCAGUGCAGCUGCGGAGAUAACACGUUCCACCCGGAGCACGCCGGGCGCAUCCAGAGCAUCUGGUCGCGCCUGCAGGAGACGGGGCUCGCCACACAGUGCGAGCGCGUACGGCCACGGAAAGCCACGCUGGAGGAGAUCCAGUCGGUGCACUCCGAGCGCUACACUCUGCUCUACGGCGCCAGCUCGCUCAGCCAGCACCGUCUCGACAAGAAGCUGCUCGGGCCGUCGUCUCAGAAGACCUUGGUGAUGCUGCCGUGCGGAGGCCUCGGGGUGGACAGCGACACGAUCUGGAACGAGGCCCACUCGGCCAUGGCGGCGCGGCUCGCCGUGGGCUCUGUCCUCGAGGUUGCCUUCAAGGUGGCCACCGGGGAGCUCAAGAACGGCUUUGCUGUGGUGCGGCCUCCAGGACACCACGCGGAGGAGUCUCUCGCCAUGGGCUUCUGCAUCUUCAACUCCGUGGCGGUCACUGCACGGAUGCUUCAGCAGCGCCUGCACCUGAGCCGCAUCCUCAUCGUGGACUGGGACGUGCACCACGGCAACGGCACCCAGCAGGCGUUCUACAGCGACCCCGGCGUCCUCUACGCUCGCUGCACCGCAUACGACAACGGAACUUCUUCCCAGGCAGCGGGGCUCCCGAGGAGGACCGCAUGCGGUGGGGAUCUCAACGGUGCCCCCAACUCGCCAAUGCCUACUCGUCUUCGAGAGUCAGAGAAUCCCGUGUUCAGUGUGUGUUCUGUGGGCACAGGGCCUGGCGUGGGCUUCACGGUGAACGUGGCGUGGACGGGAGGGGUGGACCCACCCAUGGGCGACGCCGAGUACCUCGCCGCGUUCAGGUAA